AUCCUCCAUUGCGGCCGAAGCAAGGAAGAAACUUUGAUUUUUGGAGUGAAGUGGAAAGGAAGGGAAGAGAAUCACUGAGAUGACGAUGUAUCUGAGACGGGCAGUCUCAUCUCGAAGUUUAAUUGGUUUGAUUCGAGGAAUUUGGUCGCGGGAAGUCAUCCAAGCUCGGAGCUUCUCUCAGGGUCUCGUCUUUUCGCGGGAUUUCAUCUGCAGCCAUUUUACCGGGACGAAAGAGGCGCCAACUCUGCCGACGAACUUCGGCUUCCUCAAAGAGAGUCAUCGAGGGUUCGCCAAGGGCAAACGAUCAAGGGAUGAUUCUGGUGGGGGGACAGUUGAAGUUGCACCCGACAUUGGACCUGCUGCUAAGUCAGGUGCGGCCUCACAGAUGGAUGCAGCAAUAGAUGCAUUGUCUAGAGAACUUACCAAGUUACGAACUGGGAGGGCCUCUCCAGGAAUGCUUGACCACAUCAUUGUCGAAACUGGUGGUGUCAAAAUGCCACUGAAUCGGUUAGCUGUUGUUUCAGUCAUGGACCCCAAAACCUUGUCUGUGAAUCCUUAUGAUCCCAAUACUCUUAAGGAACUGGAGAAAGCAAUUGUUUCAUCUCCAUUGGGGCUGAAUCCCCGUGCUGAAGGUGAACGACUGAUUGCUGCUAUUCCACCAUUAACCAAAGAACAUAUGCAGGCUUUGUGUAAGGUGGUUACCAAGUCGAGUGAAGAUGUCAAACAAAGCAUAAGAAGAGCUCGUCAGAAGGCGUUGGAUACAAUUAAAAAAGCCGGAUCAAGCGUACCUAAAGAUGAUGCCAAGAGACUGGAGAAAGAGAUCGAUGAGUUAACAAAGAAGUUUGUGAAGUCAGCAGAAGACAUGUGUAAAGCAAAGGAAAAGGAAAUCACUCAAGGCUAGCUUUGUGCUUCCGGCUUCGGCUAAUCUGAGAGACUAUAUAGGCGGUAGGCCAUUCCUUUCCAUACCAGUUGCAUUCCGAUUAACUUUUGAGUUAGUUCAUUGGCCACAUUUCUUUCAACUGAUGUUCUCAGCUAGAUUGCGGAUUAGAGAUGUAUUGCUUUGGCUGCAAGCCAUUCUUCAUGUACACUACAUACUGCCUCAGUUCCUUAGUGAAAAGGAGGAGGAUUAGUUCACGUCUUCAUGUUUGAUAAUCCAUAGAUCAUGAACUGAAUCCAUGUAGGUUUGAAUUCUCCUCAUGGAUAUUUGAUUCGCUUCAAACUUUGUAGCAUUUGAAUUCGACAUAAAACGUUUCGCUUUCU